AUGGCAGCUCAAAAUAAUUCUAACGAACAGGUUAAAGAUGCUUGUGCACCUGUAGCUGAGCUUGAAGUUCCAAUUCCAAUGGAAGAGGGUGAUCCACUUGGAGCAACACCAAAUGAAAGAUUAGUAAUUAUUAAAAUUCAAGCAGGAACUUUAGCUGAAGGUAAUUUACAAAUUGGAGAUCAAAUUAUUGCUUUGAAUGGAACAAAAUUAAAAGAUCAUAAUCAUUUUUACCAUUUAUUACGUUUUGCUCAUCCAAUGGCUUAUAUUCGUGUUAUUAGAGAUGACAAAAGAGCUCAAGAUAUGUUAUCCAAGAUUACCAUACCACAAGAAAGAGAACGUAAUAUUAUGAGAAGAGAUGGAUACAUUUAUCAAUUAGCAAUUAUAAGUGUAGUAAAAGGAAGAAAACUUGGUUUAGGAAUUCGUCAUUUUCAAAAUCGUGUUUUAGUUUCAAAAACUGACACAGGUUCUAUUGCUUCUGAUCAUCUUAAAGUUGGAGACCAUAUUUGUGAUGUUGAAGGAAUGCCUGUUACAGAUAAAGAUGUUUGUAGAAAACUUCUUAUAACUCAAUUACAAGAAAACAAAAAAGUUUCACUUGUCAUUGAAAGACCAGAUUGUACUGAGGCAAAAGAAUGGGCAAGAAAAGCUUUAGAAACACCAGUUCUUGAACCUCCAUCUGUUAGAAUGAAUGAAGAUGUUAAGGACAUUGCCAUAAAAGAACGUGCUAGAAUAAAGGGUUACACUCCCCCUCAAAAAACAUUAUUAGCAAAAAAACCAAUCGAAGAUACAAGAAACAUUUGUUUCGACGACAAUGUCAUUGAACAUCAAAUUAUUUCUGACAAUGAAGGAAGACAACUUCGACGUGUUCGCAAGUAA